AUGCCUUCGGUUGUGCGCCCGCCGCGCCGCCCCAGCGAGGACGAGCCCCUGUCCAACCAGCCGGGCACGCCGCCGCCGCUGGCCUCCAAGAAGAAGAAGAAGCUCUCGCCCCGCGACGAGCCCGAGCACGAGAUGGAGAUGCCCGGCACGCCGCCCAUGGACGCGCAGAGCCGCCGCGUGUGGGGCGAGACGCCGACGCUGACGCCGCCGCCCACAAACCCGCGCGUGGCCGAGGCGCGCCGCCUAGCGGAGCUGGAGAAGCUGCAGAACGCGGAGAGUCGCGCGUCGCGGCAUCGCGCCGCUGUCGUGGCGCAGCGCCUCGCGCGCUGCUUCCUGGCGCGCCGCCGCCUGGCCACGCGCCUGAGCGCCGUGGGGCGCCCCGUGGAGCUGCAGAUCAAGACCGUGCAGGGUCUCGAGAUGCUCUGCGACUUCCGCAACGUCGUGGCCGUGUUCUGCAACGUGCGCGUGCUCAAGAAGCCGUUCGGGCCCUUUAUGUUCCACUUCUCCACGGACAAGAGCUCCAACGUGAACCUGCCGGCGUGGAGCGACAAGUUCUUCGUGCCCAUGCUCUCCAGCAAGUGCGACAUCGUCACGACGCUCAUCGGCGUCACCAACACGGGCCGGCUGCGGUUCCUGGGCCAGGCCGUCGCCCCCAUGGAGACCGGGUGGGAGAGCAAGAAGACGUUCACCGCCCCUCUGGCCAAGUGGAAGUUCCCCGUCGAGGAGUCCAUCGUCGGCCUGCACCGCUUCGUCAAGGGCACGGUGGAGCUCGAGAUCACGCCCAUUUCGUCCCGCAUGCCGUGCAAAUCCGGCCAGUUCCUCAUGGCGCCGCCCAUUUCCACGCGGCCGAGACGCUCCUUCUCCUUCUGGUCCAGGCAGGUGUCGAGCAACGGGUUGUUGGCCUCCCCAGCAGCGCUGCUCACGCCCCGGACGCCGGCGAGCGCCUCGCCGUCCAGGAAGACGGUGGUCACGCGCUGGGGCGUGCUCACGGACACGACGUUCCACCUGUUCGACAACACGACGGCCAAGCUGCUCAUUAGUCUGGACCUGGCCAAGCUGCAGAUCAUCAAGUCGAGCGCGCAACCCAAGAGCGACCCGAGCCGACUGUUCCCCGUCAAGCUGUACGCCAAGAGCACCAUGUACGUGCUCUACGUGUCGAGCUACGCGCAGCAGCAGUCGUGGGAGUACAAGAUCAACCUGCACCGCCGCGAACUGCUGAUCCCGUAGGCUUUUGGCGGGUAAGUAGAGGGGCGAUGUUGUUGUGAGUGCAUGGCAUGGGGUGGUGGUUGUGUAUUUAAGCGUGAAAAAUACGACUCUGUAGCAAGUU